UUUCCAUUCUAUUCAGUCUGCAUUUCUUUUUCCACUUUUAGCCCACCCCUUGCAUUCUUCUUUCUUGUAGUUUUGGAUUAUAUCAUAGACAUCAUUCAUAGACAAGAGACAUGGCUUGGUACAAUCAGACCGUCGACUCACUCUCCGAUUUCUUGGCAAGCCACCGCAGCCAACUUCCCCUCCUGGCCGCGACAGGGGCCUCGUUGACUGCGGCUUUUAUCCUGCGCUCGUUUCUAUCGGACUCUCAGCCGGAGGGGAAUGUCUAUCGUUCCCCUCUGGACAAGGUUAAGGCCUUGUCGGAUGCGGAAAACCGCGAACUUCCUCUGCCUAUCGACGUUCUUCCCGGGGCCCGGGAUGUUCCCACCAGCUUUGGUGGCUCAAUGCGUGUAUAUGAGUGGGGCCCGGAGGAAGGCCCCAGGGUCCUUCUGAUCCACGGCAUUACGACCCCUUGUAUUGCAUUAGGCGGGUUGGCCCAUGCCCUGGUCGAUCGAGGGUGCCGUGUAAUGCUUUUCGAUCUUUUCGGAAGAGGCUAUUCCGAUUGUCCCUCAGAUCUGCCACAGGAUGGCACAUUGUGGAAUCGGCAGAUUUGGUCUGCCAUCAACUCGUCGCCUAUCUUCAAGAAGCCUGGGGAUCUCUGCCUGGUCGGCUACUCACUCGGCGGCGGUAUCGCGGCGAAUUUUGCGGCUUUCCAUCCUCAGGCUAUUUCCUCGCUGGUUCUCCUUGCGCCUGCUGGUUUGAUUCGUGAUUCUCGGAUCAGCUUCCAAUCUCAGCUGCUCUACUCGCACGACUGGAUACCAGAGAAACUACUGAAAUUCUUCGUCCGCCGUCGCCUACGCGCAGGUCCGUUGACAUCCAAGCCUGCGAACAAGAAGCUCAGCGCAGAAGAUGCGUUGGUCGAAGAACUUCCCGAUCAAGGUGCCACGGAGGUACAGCGAUUGUCUCGGGCUUACCCACAUGUGAAUGUCCCCAGCACAGUCAAGUGGCAGGUGGAUGAGCAUCCCGGUUUUGUGCAUGCCUUCAUGUCCAGCAUGCGUUUUGGGCCCAUUCUGCAGCAGCGCCAACUGAAAGUAUGGAAGCAGCUGGGAGACUGGCUUGCCGCGGGGAAGAAGGCCGGCUCGGAUGCAAUUCCCGGUCUUCCUCAUGACAAGGUUCUCAUCAUGUAUGGUGAGCACGACGCAGUCAUUGUGAAAGACGAUCUCGUGCCCGAUGCCACUGCAGCGCUACAAGGCCUCGCGAGCUUUAAGUCAUACGAUGCGGGCCAUGAGUUUCCAAGCACAAAGUACGAUGAUGUGGCUCAAUACAUGAUGGAAUUUCUGCAGCUCAAUGCUUCGACAAAUGAAAAUAUCUGAAGGGAAUGGCCCUAUUAUGAUGACCCCGACAUAUCUCUCUCAUCUUCCCGAUACAUGCUGUUCUGCAGCGCCCUGCGAUGAACAAGAUCUCUAAUAGACUCUGUACAUAGACAAAUCUUCCUGCUAUUCAUACCUGCUCACGUUUCAAAUAUUCGCAUAAUACUGUGACCUGCGAUCAAGCAUCUCUAUCGUUUCCCCAGAACCUUUUCUGUCGCUUCGAGCUGGCUCGAGAGCCGUGACGCGUGCUCGGAGCGAUCAUGCAUUCGUGCUCGCGCAAAGUAUGGCUCGUCCGCUGCUGGGGACUGCGUGAAGCGCUCCACUAUACCUCCGCUGGUGCCAUCCGGAAUGCGGCUCAGAUUCUCAGCGCUGAGACUGUUGCUGACUCCGUUGC